AUGGCGAGGAACCAGUGGAAUCAAACCCAUGUGCCAUUCAAAGAUUGGGGACAAAUCGUUGCAACACUGUGCUGUGCCAAGGGUGAGACUCGUGAAGUACUGCGAGAGAAACAUGGUGAGGAGCCAGCGAAAUUGGAUGUGCGACACGAUCCGUGGAUGUCGGACGAAGCUGUUCAGCUGGCUGCAACAGAGGAUGCCAACGAUGGGAAAGGUUGGCUUUCUGAGCCCACUAUUGGGCUGAGCGACUUUGCGUGUCUCUACGGAAACCAGGAAGAGGAGGCGGAAGACGAAGGUUUCUCCGCUCAGGUGGCGGAAGCGAGGCAGCACUUAGAAGCCGCCGAUGAGAAGUUGCAGGCAAAACAGAAAGCCAAAGAGGAUGCUGAGGCCCCUGAAUGCGGGAUCGGUUGA